AUGAUGUCUUUAUUCUCUGAUGACAGCAUUAAAUAUUUGAUUAUUUGUGGAUUAGAACCGAAAGAACAGCUUCGUUAUCACAUUGUACAUUCUCCACUGUCAAUCAAAUGCAAACGUAAUCCUAGUCUAGAUGGACGAGGUAUUAGUCCUAUUGACAAUGAUGAAAAAGCGACAUGUAUUGUUGAAGUAGAAAAAUGUCUAAUUGGUUUAGCUAAUAAUCAGAAAUUUGAAAUUGAAUGGCCACCUAAAAUACCAGCACAGUUAUCUCUCUUAAUGUUAGAUGUUCCAUCUGGCACUAAUAUAGAUGAAUUAAGACAAGAUGUUCAAAGAAUUUAUCCAUCGAUUGUUAAAGCCGAUAGUCAACCAACGUAUAAAUCGAUAACACGUGUAAAUGUUAGAUUAGACUUUCGUAAUUCUACAGAAUAUGAGAGAUAUACAGAAAUUGGUAAGAUUAGUCUAGAUCAUUUUGAAUUCAAGAUCAAAGAAUUUUUUAGGUGCGAUUUUCAACCGGCAACCGGGUUAUUCCGUCGACGAAAAUAG